GACCAGGUCCAGGCUGAUGUGUGCUUGUGUUUCAGAGUUUGAGAAUGCGGAGACGCUGCUGAACUCUGAAGUCCACAUGCUGCUGGAACACAGGAAGCAGCAGAACGAGAGCGCGGAGGACGAACAGGAACUGUCCGAGGUUUUCAUGAAGACUCUGAACUACACGGCUCGAUUCAGCCGCUUCAAGAACAGAGAGACCAUCACGGCCGUGCGCAGUCUCCUCCUGCAGAAGAAACUUCAUAAGUUCGAGUUGUCAAGUUUAGCGAACUUGUGUCCGGAGGCUGCAGAGGAGGCCAAAGCUCUGAUCCCCAGGUCAGAACUACACAGAGGCUCCGCCCACACUCACACACCUUCAAACUCCACACUGGUCAUGUGAUGUAAACAGGAAGUAGA